UCCUCUUCACCCACAUCGCUCUGGGCCAAUCAGAGGACAGCAGAGCACCUUUCCCACAACAAAUCGUCUCUCACAGAACACAGACUGCAUCAGAAGAGAAGACACUCUGACCCUGAGAUGUUGCACUAAAGCGUCAGGAGUUUAUGUCGCUGUGAUAUUUUUCUACUUCUGGAUUUGGACCCAGCUGGAUUCUCAUACUCUGCACGAUGCCUCAGGGAGUCUCAGAGAUAGCUGCGAUGUGCAUCGGGCUGGUCGGGCUGAUCGGUGCAGCGGCCACCACAGGAAUGCCCAUGUGGAAGGUGACAGCGUUCAUUGGCGAGAACAUCAUUGUGAUGGAGACCCGCUGGGAGGGCCUGUGGAUGAACUGCUACCGACAAGCCAACAUCCGGAUGCAGUGCAAGGUGUACGACUCGCUGCUGUUCCUGCCGGCCGAGCUGCAGGCGUCCAGGGGCCUGAUGUGCUGCUCUGUGGCCCUGGCGGGGCUCGGGCUCGUCGUGGCUCUGGCGGGGAUGCGGUGCAUUUCCUGUCUUCAGGGUAAUGAUUGGGCUAAGACCGUAAUCCUGAUGGUCGCAGGUGUUAUGCAGCUCUUGGCAUGCUUCUGUGUCAUCAUCCCUGUGUCGUGGACGGGUCACGUCAUCAUUAGAGAUUUUUACAAUCCUCUGCUGAUUGACGCUCAGAGGAGGGAGCUGGGAGAGGCUCUGUACAUCGGCUGGGUGACCGCCGCCUUCCUGUUCGCCUCAGCAUUGCUGUUUCUGUGCCGCCGGUUGCCCAGGGACAAAGGCUCAUUUGACGUAUACCACCCGGACCACUUGCUAAACUACAAGCCAGCACCCGGAUACCCAAAUAUGAUGAGGUACAAUCACAUCCCGAGUGUUUCAAGCAUCAAAUCGACUUCGUACCAUCCUUCUCUGCGGAGCAGUGGCUCAGCCGGGCCUCAACUUGCAAUGCCACUGGACACCUUCCCUCCAGGAAUGAUAAAUCACGGAGCACUAAUCAACUCUCCUGUUGCCUUUAACCCAGGUCUGCCUGAAAACGCAUCAUUGUUAUAUCAAGCUAGUCUGUCUCACCAUCCCUCCAUGAGGAGUUCUAACAAUCCUGGAAGCGUGUAUGCUCCGGCAAACUCCUUGUACUUAAGCCACAACACCCCACCCUAUCCACUGGCCUACGCAGGCAACCCCACCGCGUCCUACCAGUCCAGCUUCCACCCAGUUCCACAGUCUCCUAUUUUCAUAGGAUAUAACAAAUCGAUAGUUCAUCCAGGGUCUCACAGUGGGAGCAGUGGUGUUUGUGGUGUAUACAUAUAAACAGAAUCGAGAGGGGGGAGGGUUGUAGCUGAUUAAACAACAAACACCAAGGUUUAUUUAUACUUUUAUAUUACAGUAUCACAACUACUUUAGCUGCAAGGCGACAGUGAAUCAUCUCUGUUUAUAUUAGGAUUAUCUUGAGGCCCGGAUUAAUAGUUUGGUUUACUUAUUUUCUACAAUUAAUGGCCUCAUCAUUUUUAUUAUUCGACAAAUAUGAGGGAUAUGUGAAUAUAACUAUUUCAUGUUAAUAUGCGCUAUUGUUUUGUUUUGCUAUAAAUGUAAACAUUGUAUGUAGUUUUCUUACUAUCAAAGUGGACUGACCUCUUUUGUCUGUUAACACAAAUACCUAUGAACAGGUUUUAUUUAAAGUUGUUGUGAGGGUGAGGUGUAGGCCAAGAAUACAAAUCCAUUGAUUAAUUCAGCAGAUUAUUUAAGUUUUAGUGAAUUUCUCAAGUAGUAAUAUAAAUCUUGCUUAUGUACAGGGCUUGUCUGUAUGUCUAUUAUAAUUAUCUCUUGUAUGUGGCGCUGAUGUUAAACUAGUGUACUGAACUAGGUUUUAAUAUAUGUGAAGUACUCUUAGUAUCAAAAACACCAAAUACUGCACCCGUUGUGAUUAAACAACUGCGGUGGCCUGAGUCAACCCUAGACACUGUGUAUAUCCACCACUAGAUGGCACCAGAGAACUCGAUGAGUGUCCUGAGUUGGCUGAAGCUCUAAUUGGAGAACUUCCUAUUAAGGGCAAUGAACCAAAAACAUGAGGAUCUGAUAUAAUAUAUUAAAAGCAAAUGAUAAACA